AUGAGGAAAGAGCCUGAGGAAUUGAGAGCUCUCAUAAGGAAGUCUAUUUGGGAGCUAGUGGAGUUACCAGAAGGAAAGAAAACAGUUGCUUGCAACUUGCAAAUAUGUAGGGCAAAGAAAAUUGAAACGGAUCCACUGUGGGGUCAAUGGGGUCGCUCGACCUUGUGGAAGAUGGAUAUAUGGAUGGAAGGUCCCUCCGACAACCCCUUGGAAGCUUGUUAG